GGCUUUGGAUUCAACGAAUUGGAGUUCCCAAACUAAAUCGAUCUCUUGAUCCAGAAUUGUGGACAUAAGGAAGAAGGAGAUUAAGUCUUUGUUACUACUUGGUGCAGAAAGGAAUGUUGAAUUGUUACUGCAAUGGUGGUGUCGUGUUUUGAUCCCUAAUGGAUUCUGCAAGAAGUUGGUUUCAAAAAUUUCAGCCUAGAGCAGAUAAAGUGAGAUCUGGGUUGACAAAAAAGAAGGAAACAGAGAAUGGAAAGGAUGCACAGAAGCCUCCUUUCGAUGAUGCACCUUCAACUGUUACAAAACAGAAGGCUGCUGCUGCAAAGCAGUAUAUUGAGAAUCAUUACAAGGCUCAAAUGAAGUCUCUGCAAGAUAGGAAGGAGAGACGCUGGGUUUUGGAGAGAAAGCUAGCCGAUGCUGAUGUUUCCCCGGAGGAGCAGAACAAUCUUCUCAAACACUUGGAGAAGAAGGAGACAGAGUAUAUGCGACUACAAAGACAUAAAAUGGGUGUCGACGAUUUUGAACUCCUAACAAUAAUAGGAAGGGGUGCAUUUGGAGAGGUGAGGAUCAGCAGAGAAAAGGCCACUGGUCAUGUGUAUGCGAUGAAAAAACUAAAGAAAUCUGAGAUGCUUCGUAGAGGCCAGGUUGAGCAUGUUAAAGCCGAAAGAAAUCUCCUUGCGGAGGUUGACAGUGCUUUCAUUGUCAAACUCUACUGUUCCUUUCAGGACGAAGAAUUUUUGUAUCUUGUAAUGGAAUAUCUUCCUGGUGGAGACAUGAUGACAUUACUAAUGCGCAAGGAUACCUUGACUGAGGAUGAGGCUAGGUUUUAUGUUGCAGAGACUGUCCUUGCCAUUGAGUCUAUUCACAAGCACAAUUACGUCCACAGGGAUAUCAAGCCUGACAAUUUAUUACUCGAUCGUAAUGGUCACAUGAAGCUUUCGGAUUUUGGGUUGUGUAAACCCUUGGACUGUAGCAGUUUUCCAAAUCUUACUGAAAAUGACAGCGGAUUGGGAGGGAAUUUCAAAAGUACAAUGGAGAAUGAUAGGUAUUCCAGUACACCCCCUGUACCGAGGCGUACACAGCAGGAGCAGCUAUUACACUGGCAAAAGAACCGGCGGAUGUUGGCUUAUUCCACGGUGGGGACUCCUGACUAUAUUGCUCCUGAAGUUCUGUUGAAGAAAGGAUACGGAAUGGAGUGUGAUUGGUGGUCCCUUGGAGCAAUUAUGUAUGAAAUGCUUGUAGGUUAUCCACCAUUUUAUUCUGAAGAGCCAAUGUCAACAUGCAGAAAGAUAGUAAACUGGAGAACUCACUUGAAGUUCCCUAAAGAGGCAAAGCUAUCUUCUGAGGCCAAAGAUCUCAUAUGCAAACUUCUGUGCAAUGUAGAACAGAGGCUUGGGACCAAAGGAGCACAUGAAAUAAAAGCACACCCAUGGUUCAAAGGCAUCAAAUGGGACAGACUAUACCAGAUGGAAGCUGCUUUUAAACCAGAGGUUAAGGACGAACUGGAUACUCAGAACUUUGAAAAGUUUGAGGAGUCAGGACCUCCAAUGAGAACUUCACCGAAGUCAGGUCCAUGGAGAAAAAUGCUUUCAUCCAAGGAUGUAAAUUUUGUGGGUUAUACGUACAAGAAUUUUGAAAUUGUCAAUGACCAUCAAAUGCCUGGCCUUGUGGACUUGAAGAAAAAGAGUAACAAGCCAAAGAGGCCAUCAAUCAAGUCAUUGUUUGACACGACUGAUUCUUCCGAUCAGCCUGUCCAAGGAAGCUUCCUCAACAUGUUGCCUACCCAAGUGGAGGUCUGUGAAAGUCCUGAGCAAUCACCAGUUCACUCCAGUAGAUCCCCACCAUCUCAGCACAAACCUUCACAAAGAUGACAAACGAGUCGAUCUUCACAUGUAAAGUCGAGCUUCACAUGUAACUGUCAAUAGCCAAAGCAAACAGAUAGUAGUUUAA